UUGAAAUGCUCUACGUGCGGGAAAAACUACAAGAGACGAGCCUGGUACAUUAAACAUCUAAAAACACAUAAUGGGGUUGAAGCACGACAAUCGUCGGUAAGAUCUACAACAUUCACUUCGGAUAGAGUUGACCCUCAUGUAUCCCAUGGUGAACCAUUAACUGGAAACCACCAGGAGUCCAUUAACAUCAGGACACGUCUUAGCAUUCCUAAUCUAAAACAAUCGACUUGGAAAGUUCAUGACGACAACUUAGCGGUCCUGUUAGAGCAUCCGGGCUCGAAGCAGGAAUUGAACUCGCAGGUAGAAACUUUUCAAAAUACCGUUUAUGACUACUUUAGCGAGCAAUAUCCACCACGUAAUCGUUAUGCUCGCAAAAAUAAAGACAAUUCGUUCAAAUUAAAAAUGCGGAAGAAAAAACGGGAAUUAAUAAAAAAUCUACGUAUAGCCAAAGCUCUAGGCGACAAUCACCUUAGUCAUCAACUAGCUAGGGCGUUAAGGUCAAUCCUUAAAUUAAUCCAAGGAAUAUCGGCGCAAACUGCAGAAUAUCGCGAUAAUUUUGACCGGGCAAAACAAGAAGUAGAUUUCGAUAAAAACCCUUUUGAGUAUUCGAAAACCAUUUUUAAGAAAGAACGCGGACAGCUUCUCUUGACCAACGAUCAAAUUUACGACCAUUUUAAGAGCACAUACGAAGUGCCUAAAAGUUUAAGACGGUAUAGGGAUCCAAACGAUCAAAAACCUGAAUUUCCUCGAAUCGAAUUCCACGGCAUUCCACCAACGCUAGAGGAACUAAGUAGUCAGAUCAAGAGGAAGUCGUCUAAAUCUGCACCGGGACCCGAUGGUAUCCCAUAUAUAGUCUUUAAAAAAUGUGCAUCGGUUCGUAAACACCUCCUAAAUAUAUACGGUAAAAUCUGGUCAAGGAAGCAAAUCCCGGAGUGCUUCGGGAAAGCAAUUUUUGUCCUCAUUCCCAAAAAAGAUCGAGUUACUGAUCCGAAAGAUACUAGACCGAUAGCUUUAACAAAUACUAUAUCGAAAAUCUUUUUCUCGGUUCUACAAACGAGAAUGACGCGAUUCAUGCUCAGCAACAACUAUUUUAGGCCAAAUCACCAGAAAGGGUUUUUACCCGGGAUUUCUGGAUGCUUAGAACACAACACCUUGCUGUCGGAGAGUUUAAAAGAUGCUAGAAAAAGCGAGCGGCAAAUCACUGUUUGUUGGAUAGACUUGGAGAACGCGUUCGGGUCGAUACAACACGAGUUGAUGCUAUUCGCGCUUAGAUGGUACAACUUUCCACCCCUAGUUAGAGAUAUGAUCGCGUCGUAUUACUCAAAAUUAAGGUUUUCUAUAAUAACUAAAGAAGGCCCUUCAAAAAGUUUGAGUUAUAAUGUAGGACUGUUUCAAGGUUGUUGUCUAUCUCCAAUUGCGUUUAAUAUCGUAAUUAACAUCUUAGUAGACAAAUUAAUCUGUAACGAGAAAAAAUGGGGUUAUCGGUUUAAGUUUAAUAAUAAAUACACGGAAUCCAUUUUAGCCUUCGCUGACGAUCUCGCAAUACUGACACGUAACCCCAAACACUGUCAGGUACUAUUGGAUGAAGUGGAUAAAUUCUGUGAGUGGACGGAUGGAUUGAGGACAAAACCCAGUAAAUGUCACUGUCUGUGUCUUGGUAGGCGGAAUACAAGAUACACCUCAUACGAUCCGGGACUAUCGUUAGGCGGUCAAUGCAUUUCUAUGGUUACGGAAAAUGCACCAUUUAAAUUUCUCGGUCGUAAGAUAGAUAAUAUAGGCCGUACUCCAUCUUUAGAAGGAAUAGUAGAUAGCUUUUUGAACGAUCUUAACAAGUUAGAUGCAGGCGUCAUAAAGAUGUUGAAGUUGUGGCUCGGGCUCGCUCUAACGGCUGAUUCAUCGGCGUUAUUUAGGGGAAGCAAUAGUUUUGGGAUGAGUCUAAAAAGGCCAUCGGAGCUCUAUAAACACCUAAGAGUUUCCAAGAGAUAUAUCCUGGGGAAAUCCCAUGAUGACAUAGUGACAUCGCUCCCAAAAGAUGAAGAUGCCCCCGAAAUGAUAAAUAUAAGAUCCAUGCAAUGA